AUGUCCGGCACCGCUGAGGAACAACAAGUUCCUCCUAGCCAGCCCGACUACUCAACAUGGACCUCGUCGAGUCUUAUCGCUCGGAUCACGGAGUUAGAGCGUCAGCUGCACACCCGGACAGCGGAAUACGCCGCGUCGCCAUCGAUCCAGCCUGAGGAUCCGGCUCAGGAUGCAGCGAGGAGCACCACGGCAGCGAACAAACCCAAGCCCUCCUCUCCUGCGAACAAAAAGAAGGAGGUGCGACCGCCUAAGCCUCCGAAGCCGCGCAGGGAAAUCGACCCGUCCAGAUACCAUACGCGGCAUAUCGCUCUGAAGUUCGCCUAUUUGGGGCAAAGAUACAACGGGCUUGAGCAUGCAAAUGGGAAUGCCACGCCAUUGCCGACUAUUGAGGAGGAGAUGUACAAGGCCCUGCGAAAGACGCGCCUGAUCUUCCCCACAGAUACUUCGGGUGAUGAGUUUGUGGAUAGCAUCGCGCCGAGAGAGACGAAGCCAUACUGGAUCAACUGGGAUGGUUGCGAGUAUUCCAAGGCUGGGCGUACAGAUCGGGGUGUGAGCGCCUUUGGGCAGGUCAUUGGUAUCAGAGUGCGGAGUGCACGCCCGAAGCUCAAAGAGGUUGUGCAGUCGGAGGAGAAUGUGGAUACAGCUAUGCGGGAUACGGAGGAGGCGGACACUCUGGUUGACGAUGGUUGGGAUGAUGUCAAAGAUGAGCUACCCUACGCGAGUAUCCUGAAUAAGGUUCUCCCUGAGGAUAUUCGAGUACUGGCGUGGUGCCCACGUCCUCCUAAGGAUUUUGAUGCCCGCUUCUCUUGCGGGGAACGCCAUUACAAAUACUUCUUCACCCAACCGGCCUUUUCUCCUACGCCGGGUCCUUCUGGAUUGAUGUCCCGUGAUGGAAAGGGCACGACACCGAAAUACAGAGAGGGUUGGCUGGACAUUGAAGCGAUGCGUGAAGCCGCCAAAUAUUUCGUGGGAACGCACGACUUCCGGAAUUUCUGCAAAUUGGAUGUCACCAAACAAAUCGAGUCUUUCCAUCGGGACAUCUUCCGCGCCGAUAUUGAAAUCCUCGAUGCUAGAACUAGACCGCUGGGCUACGUCACUACGCCAGAAUUCCGAGCAGUGGAGGAGGAGCAGAGUGCAGAUUCCGCGACGGAAGCUUUGCCAACUGCUUCUCAGGUAUAUGUGUUCAAUUUGGAAGGGUCUGCCUUUUUGUGGCACCAGGUCCGACACAUAGUCAGUGUUCUGUUCCUGGUAGGCCAGGGGCUCGAGCCGCCAUCCAUCGUGGCUGAUCUGCUCGACGUCUCCAAGAACCCGCGAAAGCCGACAUAUGAGAUGGCUUCAGAUGCCCCCCUCGUACUUUGGGAUUGCAUGUACCCAACCAAGGGGAGUGGCAGUCGUGCAGACACCUUAGAUUGGGUCUAUGCCGGUGAUGUUCGACAAAUAAAGUCUCAUCUCGGCAAGGGAGGCGGGAAAUUCGGUCUUGGGGGAAUCGUAGAGGAGCUCUGGUCUGUUUGGAGACAGCGCAAGAUGGAUGAGAUUCUGGCCGGUGCAUUACUAGACAAGGUGGUCAGCCAGGGUGAUCAGACUGUCACCACGAGUGGAGGAACAAACCCAGUCUGGGAGAGAAAAAAUCGAGGCCAGAAGAUCUUCUUCGGCGCCAAUCAUUCCAAAACGGGUGGGGAUUAUAUCCCAGUCAUGCAAAAGAGGAAGACGGAGCUCGUGGAAGUCCAAAACGCGAGGUGGCUUGCAGCGAAGCAGCGGAAAACCGAGGCUGGCGCGAAGCCUACCAGGAUGGAAAUAUAGGCAAAUUCUGUACAUACUCCGGUUUAAUGUAUAUGCAUGUGGUGAAGCUCC